AUGAUGGAUGUUUCCAAGGACAUCGCCGAGUCCUCUGAACAUGAGAAUAUCUCGGCCUCUAACCCUGAGGCCUGGUUGGACUCUGUCUCGUACGGCCCAGGUGGGAUGCAUGGUCUCUUCUCCAAUACCUACGUUUUCGGGGCUGCCUUUUUGGCCUCUCUAGGAGGUUUCUCAUUUGGGUAUGACCAGGGUGUUAUCUCAAUCAUCAAUGUCAUGGGCAGCUUCCACCAAGCGUUCCCACAAACCGAAACGGCAUUCGGCACCUCGUUAAUGACAUCGAUGCUUUUACUUGGGGCUUUCAUUGGUUGUUUCUUCAUGCCAUAUCUCUGUGACAAGAUCUCGAGAAAAUGGGCUUUGACCGUGGUGGUUGUGAUAUUUGAUAUUGGUGCUAUUAUUCAGACCUCUGCGCAGACUUAUGGAGCCUUGGUGGCUGGCAGAGCAAUUGGAGGAAUCGGUGUAGGCACCUUGGCUAUGGCUGCCCCUCUAUACAUCUCAGAGAUCUCCCCUCCUGAGCUUCGCGGAACUCUCCUCGUGUUAGAGUCUAUCUCGAUCGUGUCGGGCGUCGUAAUUGCCUUCUGGAUCACCUACGGCACCCAAUAUCUGACCAGCGAGGCUGCAUUCCGACUACCCUUUGCUCUGCAGAUGGUGUGUGCGACGAUCCUAGGCGUUGGAAUCCACUUCUUCCCCUACUCACCCCGUUGGCUUGCACUUGUCGGGCGCCGCGAUGAGUGUCUAGCUAGUCUAAGCAAGUUGCGCAAGCUACCAUCGACCGACGAUCGGGUGCAGGCUGAGUAUAAGGGCAUCAUUACCGAAGUCGAAUUCCAACGACUCGUACUGGACAAGACGCAUCCCGGUGUCACGGGUUUCCGCUUGGAAGUCCAUACGUGGGUGGAAUUGUUUCGCCGUCGCAACUGGCAUCGCACGGCUGUCGGUUGCGGUGUCAUGUUCUUCCAGCAAUUCUCUGGGAUCAACGCGUUCAUAUACUAUGCACCAACGCUCUUCAAAAACCUGGGACAGACGGACCAUAUGAGUUUGAUCAUGUCUGGCGUCUUCAAUAUCCUACAGCUAGUUGCUGUUGUCAUCUGCUUCGUUAUCAUCGACAAAGUCGGACGUCGGCCUCUUGCAAUUUUUGGUGCUAUUGGCAACACGAUUUGCUAUGUUAUCAUUACCAUCCUGGCGGGAUUGUAUUCCCACGAUUGGCCUGCUCAUCAAGGUGCCGGAUGGGCAACGGUCGCCAUGGCUUUCUGUUUCAUCCUCGUUUAUGGAGUCUCAUAUUCGCCUCUUGGAUGGGCCCUGCCGUCCGAGGUGUUUAGCACGGCGACUCGAUCCAAGGGUGUUGCAUUAUCCGUGUGCGUGAACUGGCUGUCCAAUUUCAUUGUCGCCAUUGCUAUUCCACCUAUGAUGGCGAAUCGGGGCUACCAGACCUAUAUCUUCUUCACGAUCAUGUGUACUCUGGCCUCGGUUUGGGCAGUACUGUUGGUUCCAGAGACCAAAGGGAAGAGUUUGGAAGAGAUGGAUGAGGUGUUUGGAGAUGUUCAGGGACAAGAGGAACAGGCCAUGAUGCGGCAAGUUAUGGUCUCGAUCAACCAGGAGACUGUUUAA